CCGUGACGUCACCACCAGAGCGCUGCGCUCUCCCAGAAUUUGGAUAAAGAAGUUUUUGACUUUUUUUUACUGGGAUUCUGAAACUACUCUCUCUCCCUCCCUCGCUGUCCCCAGCCCUGCUCCGGUAUUCCUAGAAAGCGAGACGUUGGAGUGUACCCUGUGGUUGAGCACAGCCGUUCUGCAGAAGGCCUUCCACACAGAAGAACAGAAGAAGAACCACAGUGUCUGCUCCUCAGUGACCUGCUCCUCUCCUCUCCAACAUCAAGAUCAUGUGGAACCAGCCCAGCGGCGACGAGCCCCUCGGCCAGGUCAGCGCCCGCGUGGAGACCACGCCCGGCAACGCAAGCAUCUCCGUCUCCCAGCAACAGGCGCCCAAGAAGUUCGCCCCCGUGGUGGCGCCCAAGCCCAAGUUCAACCCGUACAAAGGAGACUCGGACGCAGCAGACUUUCUGCCCCCUCCGCCCCCGCCGACCAGAGACGGGACAACCCUGCCCUCGCUGGGCUUCUUCCCCCCCCCUCCCCCCGCCGCCCCCUACGAGCCCCAGAUGAAGGGGCCGGAGAAGACCCUGGAGGAGAGGCGCUCCAGCCUCGACGCAGAGAUCGACUCCCUCACCAGCAUCCUGGCCGACCUGGAGAGCAGCUCGCCCUACAAGCCCCGGCCGGCACAGACCUCCUCCACCCUGCCCGCCAGCCCCGGGGCCCCCGUCACCGGCUACAAGCGCAUGGUCAUCCCCACCCAGCCCCCCCUCACCGCCACCAAGAAGUCCACCCCCAAGCCCCCGUCCUCCGCCGCCUCCAGCCCGGGCCCCAGGCCCCCGCAGCCGGCCCCGCCCCCCCAGCCCGUGGCCGCCUCCUACGCCACGGCCUCCACCCCCAGCCAGCCCACCUUCAACGUCCAGGUGCGGUCGGCCCAGCCGGGCCCCCAGCACCAGGCCCCGGGGGGCCCCCAGCACUACGCGCCCCAGCCGCAGCCCGGCCGCGCCGGCCCCGCCCAGGUCCAGUACGUGCCCGCCCAGCCCAAGGGCCCCGACUUCGCCUACGGGCCCCCACAGCCGGGGUUCUCCCCCGCGGGCCCCGGGGGGUACCAGGAGCCCCAGUACCCGGGCCCCGGGGGGUACCAGGACCAGCAGUACCCGGGCCCCGGGGGGUACCAGGACCAGCAGUACCCGGGCCCCGGGGGGUACCAGGACCAGCAGUACCCAGGCCCUGGGGGGUACCAGGACCAGCAGUACCCGGGCCCUGGGGGGUACCAGGAGCCCCAGUACCCGGGCCCCGGGGGGUACCAGGAGCCCCAGUACCCGGGCCCCGGCCAGCAGAACGCCUGGAGGCCCGAGCCGGCUGCCCCGGCCCAGGCCUACCAGCCCCCGGCCCCCAGGAAGACCUUCAUCAACGACCCCCCGGCCAGCCUGGCCCCCAUGUACGGGGAACAGCCCAUGGGGCCGCCCAAGGGCGUCCCGGCUGGCGGCCGUCCAGAGGAUGAGCUGGAGCGCCUCACCAAGAAGAUGCUGUUCGACAUGGAGAACCCCCCCACCGAGGAGUACUUCGGUAGGAACGCCGUUUCAACACUAAGGGGCGGGGCUUGUUCCACCACAUUGGGUUCCUAUAGGUUCCACUGA